UCAACUACCCAUUACCCCAAGUCGCCAAUGCCCCAACGCUCCCAUUCCUCUCUGAAAUUGGAAGAAAAAAUCAACUCCUCAAUCCCUACCCACCCACUGACCCAGCUCCGCCGGCCACAGCCACCGCAGCCCCACAGCCACGUCAACCACCGCAACCACCUCAACCCCGAAUCCCCGUCGCAUGUACAGACAUCGCGUCUGGAAGCUCGGUGCCGUCGCAGGGGCUUGACGUCGUCUCCUCUGUUCGAGAGCGCUCUCUUCGUGUUCGCCGUGCCUCCGUCACUGUCAAGCACUUCUUCGUGCUUCCCUCGCCGCCUCAUCUGUGUUCGUUCUGCCUUCAUCCGAUAGCUGGAACCUUCCCUCGCCGCUGACAUCUCUGUUCAUUCUGUUCGUGCUUCAGAUGGAACAAUCAUAAAGUGAUCAACCGCCACAAGACAAUGCUGUCAAUGCUGUUUAAGAAUCCCAAACUGGUUCUUCUCGAAAAAAAUCUGAUCCAGCUUGGCAAUAUUUUGCUGUGAUAAGGAAAAUCUGAUGAGUUGUGUCUUUGAUUAGUUGAAAACUUGUUUGUUAAUGUUUCUUUUAAAAGUAGAACAUUAUGUGUUUUUCACUGUGUGUUUUGGUUGUUUUUAGUUACGAAUUUUGAUGUUUGAAGUUGUAUGUGAGCUUCUAAUAUUAAAUUAUGAAUAAUUUAUGAUGUGAAAUUGUGAAAUUUUGAAUUUUAUUAAGUUAGAAAUUAUUAAAUUUAUAUAUUUAAAAUUAUAUAUAGGUUUUUUAAUAAUUUUAUUUAUGUUUAAGUAAACCAGUUGAACCCCUGUUAAACUUUGGUCGAACCAGUAAACCAUUGAACUAGUAACUUUACCGGUUUAUUGACUAGUCCGGUUCGCAACCUUGGAUAUACAUCAUACACCUAUGUAAUAUAAAAAAACAUAAAUAAAAAAUUUAAGAUUGAAAUCCGACAUCCAAAAUCACUUCUUACUGCUACUAUCCAUUUUCUCUCUUUUGCUUUUCUCGGGAAUGUUCGGUUCUUACCAAGAAAUUUUUUUCCCCUGGAAUCAAACAACACCGAAGAUCGAACCAGCACUCUCUGAUGCGAAUCGCUUCAUUCUCACAUGGCUCUGCUCUUAAUUUAGUCUCAUGACGAUCGUUGGUAUAUGCCGCCCUAUGCGUUCCCCUUGGGAUCAACCCAUGGAUCGCUGCCUCAGAUUCUUUCCAUGCCUCAUUGACCCUGCUCGGAGGUCUGCACUGUGCGUGAAGUUGGUCUUGGUGACUGUCCAUUUGGUUUAUAUUGGCGUUCUCUUCUUAAUUGAUGGAGAUUUGAUAGAAAAGACUAAGAAGGAACCGAUGUACACUGCUUGUUACUUGCUGCUGUUCUUUGUUACUUUAAUACAAUACUUUGUUACAUCUAUUUCUUCUCCGGGCUAUGUCCUUGAUGCCAUGAUGACUGUUACUGAGAGAAAUGUCCUAUACAGAAAGACAUCAGAAGCCUCAAAUUUACCGGCUUCAAGCAAAAAUGGGAGUUUCGUUGUUGCUGUUGAGGGAACUCAGGCAGGAAAAAAUAUUUCAGGAAAUAAUACACCAACUUGGUCAAAGUUAGUGGCAGACUUGUAUCCUAUGGGAACAACAAUCAGAACAUGGACAUGCAGCUACUGCAACGUGGAACAGCCUCCACGAUCAAAGCACUGUCAUGAUUGUGACAAGUGUGUUCUUCAGUUUGAUCAUCAUUGUGUUUGGCUUGGUAACUGCAUUGGGCAGGGCAAUCAUUGUCGAUUUUGGUGGUACCUUUGUGAAGAGACAGCGUUGAGCCUCUGGACUGGCAUCUUAUAUAUUUCAUACUUGAAGGAUCACAUUAAAAGUGCUUGGUGGCGGGAUGCAAUCAUGAUAGUACUGUUGAUCACUUUGUCAAUCUCUCUUAUCUUUCUACUUCUGCUACUUCUAUUUCAUAGUUAUCUUAUUUUGACAAAUCAGACUACUUAUGAACUUGUAAGGAGAAGACGGAUUCCUUAUCUAAGGGGAAUUCCUGAAAGAGUGCAUCCAUUUAGUAAAGGAGUAUCUAGAAAUGUAUACAAUUUCUGCUGCGGAAGUAGCAGCGUAUACAACAUGGAGCGGCUCCCGACACCUCAGGAGACAGAGGAAAAGUCAAGACCGUACACGUGUCUGGAUGUCGUAACCUGUCGAUGUUGCUGAUGACUGUUGUAAACAAAUUGUAUAAGUAGGAGUCUUUGUCCCUGAGAGUUUUAUUGUGAACUUGAGGCCAUUUGCAUUGUGAUUAUCCAUGUCAUGCAUUCUUUGUUUAAUUGUUUUUUGGAAGUGGAUGUUUUAAAUUUAAUGUAUAGUUGCAGUGCUAGAGUGUGUGUCAUUUUGCCAGUGUUGAAUUUCAGACCUGGGAUUCUUGGAACACAAGGCACCAUGCGGAAUUGUUGGUUGUGGUAGUGUUGAUUGUCGUCGAAGCAAUUAAAGUUUUAAGGUAGAUGAAUGAACAGAGUGUUGCUCACAUGCUUUUUUUUA